CAAAGGACAACAUUUUGGGAAGGCUUAGAACUUUCGACAGGUACUAUGAAGUCAUUACCAAGAUACUUUCCCAAAGUGGUUUUGGGUGGGAUUGGGUGAAUCAUAAGCUAUCAAUGGAUAGUGAUGAUGUCUGGAUCAAAUAUGUGGAGGCUAAUAAGAAAGAGAAAGGAUUAGCUUCCUACAAGACCAAAGUAGUGAAGCAUUGGGAGUCCAUAUCUAUCAUAUAUUCAAAAGAUCAUGCCAAUGGUGAAGGUGCGAUGACUGGUGCUGAGACUGUUGCAGAUCCAGAAGCAGAACCAAUAGAAAUCUCUCCAGAAGUGGCACCAAAGAGGCAACGAACAAGUGAGUCCAUUAUGUGCAUGAUUGGAGAAAUGAGGGCUACUCUCAAGGAUGCUUUGAAGACAACUGAUCCACUUCCACUGCCAAAAGCUACCACUCCUGCGGCAAUUCUUGCUGCACUUCAGUUGAUACCAGACUUGGCAGAGCCAGACAUGUUGCGAUCAUAUGGGAAGCUGAUUCUUAAUGAGCGUUUGUUUGAAGCUCUAAUGGAGUUGCCCAUGGAAAUGAGGAAGGCUUGGCUAUUAGUGUUGCCUUAAAUUUAUUCAAAUGUUGCUUUUCAGCUUGUCUUGUUUAACUACUUGAACCUAUUUGAACUAGUGC